UAAAAAUAGUUUGCGGUGCACUUGUUUUCUUUCCAAGGAUAACCUCCAACAGCAACAUGAAAUGAUGGGAAUGGCCUCCCAGACUGGAACGUCUCACUCCUCCCUGGCCACCACUCCUCCCUCUACCGUUCAACCUAUGCGGCAGAGCUCUGUCGCUCCGCCCCCCAGCCAGCGCGUCAAGUCCCAGACUUCCCACCAGCUAUCCGUCAGUGCGGCGGCCGCGCCUGCCGCCUCUGGUAAAAGCCGUCCGCAGAGCGGGAACCUCCUCCAGUCUCCAGAGUCCGGCUACGGCGGCAGGCAGCACGGGUCCCGGCAGCUAUCAGUCAAAGACAACACUGCCCCGGGUCUUCCCCACCAGCAGAGCUCUGUCAGGGAAAGCGGGAGUCCACAAGGGACCACCAGUCAGAGCACUCAGCAGUCACCACAGCAGUCUCAACAGCACCUUUUAAAACCCACCAUGAGUAAACAGGGCUCCCAGUCACCUACCACCCUCAAUCCCCCGACCCCAGCGAACGAGCGAACCGUGGCCUGGGUCUCCAACAUGCCUCACCUGUCGGCCGACAUCGAAAGUUCACGAAUUGACCGAGAGGAUUUCAAGCUGAAGGAGUAUUCAAAAAGCAUGGAUGAGUCGCGCAUGGACAGGGUCAAAGAGUACGAGGAGGAAAUCAACUCUCUGAAGGAGCGUCUGCUGAUGUCUCACAGAAAGCUGGAGGAGUACGAGAGGAGGCUCCUAAUGCAGGAGCAGCAGACCAAUAAGAUCCUCCUCCAGUACCAAAACCGUCUGGAGGACAGCGAGAGGAGGCUACGACAACAGCAAGUGGAGAAAGACUCCCAAAUUAAAGGAAUAAUUAACAGACUCAUGGCUGUGGAGGAUGAAAUAAGGGGAGGAGCCAUUUACGAGCCAAAAACCAGGAUUUUCGCUGAUCAGGGGAGGCGUCAGUCCAUCCUAGUGCAGCCCCGACUUGCGCCUGUCCCACCCCGAGUACCCAGCCACUCUCAAAGCUUCAUGGAGGACAAUGUGGAACCUAAUUGGCUGAUGCACCAUCGGCAGUCUUCGGGGUGGCAUGGCCAAAUGUCCAGAGCCCUCUCUCGUGACGCGAUUGGCUGACAAAGGGAGAACUUGGGCCGUUGGUCCUAUUCUCUUGUCUCUAGGGAUGGUGCAAUCCCCCAGCGGACCAUGUAAGGAAAUGCUGGGAUUUCUUUCUUUUUUUUUUCACUUUACUUGGGCCCUCUCUCUCUCUGAUUUGACAAAGGGAUUGAAAAUAAUGUGUUUGACACCUCAUUGUUGGAUCCAUUUUUCACCUACUUAAGGUGGGCUGGACAUACUUUGGUGUUUGUAAGCCUGCCGAGCAUGCAAAGAACAGCUAUGCAGUCUGAUCAAUCAGCAGAACGGAGGAACACAGGCCAAGGACAGCGUGGUUCUCAAAGUAAGAGAGAGAGACCUAAAGUGUAUUUCAAAGGUGCUUGACUUCUCUUGUUAUUUCAGUCCAAGCUGACUCAUAUUUAAACCUUUCAUUUCCCUCUCCUUAGCUCUAUCAUUACAAAUUUUGAGUCUUUUUUCUUGAUUUUUGACAGACUUUAUAUUUUAGCUUUUCCUCUUUUUCGGAGUUUGAUUUUAAAAGGAAACUAAAUAUGCACAGCCUAUUUCAAAAACUGCUGAGGAACAAAAAAUCUUGCUUCAAAGACGACUUUGGAAAAACUGGACAGAAUGUUAUUUAUAUUUCUAUAACGGAUUACUCUUAUUAUAGUAUUUAAAGGAAAAAGAAACUCUUUAUCAGACACCUUCUGGAGGAGAUAUUUAUUUCUUGAUAAAAAUCCGAUGGAGCGAUCCAUUUUAUAUGAACCGAGUUUUCAUACUGAGACAAUCUGAUGGAGAACAAAGUUGCUCUAAAGCACUGAAGGGACGAACUUGUGUUCUACCUACUCCCCCUAUACGACAGUUUGCACGUUGCUGUGACCAGCCUGCUCUUUAUUUUUGGGUAUUAAUAUUUAAAAAAAUAUUAUAGAAAGACACGUCAGCGGAUGUUUUCUGUCCAACAAUCGCCGAGGAGCUCUCCAUUUAUGGACGAUUUGAAAAGCCGUUGGAUGCGGACGUUUGCUUCACGCUGACUGUGUAUUGUGUAGAGUUUGACCAGAGCAGGGGGGAUGAACUUGUUGUUUUCAUUGUGGCCAUAUUUCCAGUCGAAUUGCUGUAAAACUACUCAUUUAUUUCUGCAGCUGGACUCCGCUGACACCAGUCUGACCUGAAUAAAAAAAA